AUGUAUAUAACACGUGCUUUCAGAAAGGUUGACUUUAUACUUCAAGUCGAGAUAGAAAAUGACGAACAGUCUUUAAGCGCCCAAAACAUUCACAUAUACAAAUACUUUAAAGACGAUACAACAUUGCAACAAUGUAUGAUUUCAUUUAAUGAGAUGUUCGAGAAAAAGUUCAACAUUGAAGUACAAACUUUACAGCCUUUACGUGAGUUUCUUGCACAACUGAAAGAAGAAGGUAGUCAGCCACAACUUAUAGACUUUCAUUAUGAAUUUAAUGAAAAUGCUGAUGGAACUCAUGACUGUCAAUUCAUUGUAUUCUCACCAUUCAAUGAAGUAACUAAAAAGAAAAAAAUCCAUUACGUAUAA